GCGAGCGACAUCUUCGAAAUAACUAGGACAACUGGACGGACAACAUCAUGGACCCUAUGGCGAUGCUCGAGAUGGGACGACGGUCGGGCACGUCGAACCAAGACGUGGACGAAUUUGUGCGCAAAGCCGAUGCAGUGGCAAAGGCGAUCGAGCAAAUUAAGAAGGGGACAUUCGACCCCAACAACUGCGACAUUCCAGGGUACAUGACUCCUGAACAAGAGGAAAAGGAAGCGCAGGCGCGGAAGAAGCGAGAGGAAGAGCGCAUCAAGCGUGAGGAAGCUCGUAAGCAACAAGAAAAGCAAGACGAACACGAUCAGUGGUGGAAUCGAGCCAAGUUGCGGUUUGCAACCUACGACGACGACGAGGGAACCGAGACAAUCGGAGAUCCUGAAAAGUGGGCGAAUCGAAUUGUUGAAGCGUACAAGGCACGCGAUGCGAACGACUACUCGAUGUGGGACAAGUGGGAGCCAAAAGAUCCCGUAACGCUGGAAGAGAAGGCGCGGCAAGAUGCGCUUGUGGAAAAGAUGAAAAAUGAUGAAUUUGAAAAGGCCAACCCCGCCUUUUGCACGCAGUUCAAGGAAGACUUGGAGAAACGCCAGAAGUCGACGCGGGACAAGGAGCGCGUUGCUCAAAAGCACAAGGCCCAAGGCAAUGCGUCUUUCAAGCGGCGCCAAUACGCUGCAGCGCUCACAUCGUACAUGGCUGCGUUGGUUGAAUCUCCGUACUGUCCACUCAUCCUGACUAACAUCGCUCAAGUCCACCUUCGCCUCCACGCGACGGACGACGCGCUCGAGUUUUGCAAUCGCGCACUGUUCGUCGCACCGACCCACAUCAAAGCGCUAUCACGCAAAGCUGCGAUUUUGCACGUCCGGGGCAACCUUCAAGAAGCGUACGAUCUCGUCCGAAAAGCAGUUGACUUGGACCCGACAUCCAACCCCGACUUGAUGCAGCAGCUCGUCCAGAUCAAGGCGUCGCACGACGACGACGUUGGUCGCGCGGCGCUGCAGCGUCAAAUGGAUGGUCCCAAAUCUCUCGACAACUGGCACCUCCAUGCCAUGCAACACUUGCUUGGCCAGCUCAACCUGAUUGAGUGCACCUCUGAAGCCAAGGUGGCACCGCGUCAGGAUACAACGAACAACGAGGCAUGUGCUGAGCCUGCCGCUGACCACACACAAAAGAAGAGCGUGUCAUGUCUAGCCACGGACACGUUACGCGCAUUGCUUCCACUUCUGCAAGCGGACAAAGACUGCAAGCUCCUCUUCCGCACGUCGGGAGCACUCACUCGCCUCUGCGACCGCCUCCUCGUACCUGAAACGAUCGACGACACCGAGGUGAACGCCAUUCUGGAGUGCCUUGUUGCAAUGGUGCACGACGAUGCCGCCACUCAACACCACCUAUUCCUCCUCGUUCCAUUCCGUCAAUGGGUUGUCCGAACGGUGGCCGACACUGUGGACAACGCAUGGAGCAGGUCCACUAUGUCUUUGGUCCUUCAACUCGUCGACGAGUGCAUGGCCGUGAAUCUGUGGAAGUCGCUCGUCGCGACGUCCACACCGAUGCUCGCAGGGCUACUUGGCCUGUGGCAGCCGCAUGCUUCUCCAGUCACACAAUAUGCGACAAGCAUCAUCUUCCACGUGUCGGAAACCGAAGCGGGACGGCUCACCCUGACAACGGCGCUGAUCCAGCCCGUGCUCAAGCAAGUCUUGGCCUUGUUACAUACACAACUUGCAACAGAACAGUUGACUGCGGGACUGGGGGUCGUGCUCAACUUGACCAACCAUUGCGUGUUCCGGCAGAUUGUCGCCUCGGAGGCGGACGUCCCUCAUGAGAUGACCAAGGCGCUCGUGCAUCUAUUGACGUUGCCCGACGCCAUCAUCGCGGAACGGACCUUGGCGAUUCUGCUGAAUUUGUCGCUGGACCCCCAAACAUGCAUUCGACAGGACAUGCUAGCCGCUCACGUCCACGAACGUGUCCUUGUGUGGCUGGAGCGAGAUACACGCGAGAAAUCGGGCAACGUGGUCCUUUUGUCUCGGCUCGUGAGUGUCCUCUGUCGCCUGCACACGCUCGAGAAUGAAGCGCGCCGAGUCGCGGGCACGACACCGUUUCUUCUUGCACUGUGGCGUGUGUUUGAAUCGACUUUGGAUCAUCCAUGCGAUUGCUGGCAGCUCCGCGCCCAGCUGCUCUGUCACAUGGCUUGGAGUUUCCCCGCGACUGCGCAGUUCAUGGACGAACACGCAUGUGUGCGCCGCAUGCUGCAGUUCAUGCAAGGCAAGCGCGCAAGUGUUCCAAAAGACCAAAUCGCCGCAUUCGAGCGCACCGUAACCAACUGCACCAAGUGCUGGAUCGCAAUGUUGGCGGUCGACGGUGGCCGCAGUACCGUGGCUGCCAUCAUCGAGUCGAACGGGUUGGAACUCCUCGUCGACUGGAUGAGUCACAUGAAGGACGAAAAGAUCGCUCGAAAGAACGUCGCGAUCCUCCUCGCCAAGUUGUGUCAACGCAGCGACGCCAUCAAGGAACGUGUGCGUGCACUUCGAGGGAUCGAAAUGAUGCUCUCGAUCUGCCGCAACCUCAAGGGGUAGUGCACACCAACCGUCCCCAAUGCAACCGAGUCAAUGCUUACAUCCAUCCUCCUGCCCUCCAUCUGCCGUCGCGCCGUCACUGGCGAUUCUUCAGCGUUUCUAUGCGGGGGGAUUCUCGUAUCCGGAUGGCAACACUUCUUUGUUUCGAUUUGCUCGGGCGGAACAUGUUUUAUCGAAGUAAUCGGUCGUUUGUUUCAAGUUGGAAUAAAAUACAUCCGCAGAGGAUUUACGUCAAAAUAUGACAUACA